CAACCUUACGCAACAUCCUGCGAAUUCAAAACAGAUCAGAACAACAGUACAUGUUGCUUUCACGCGCCGAUAUAGCCUGCAUUUUGUAUUUUAAAACAAUGCAAAAGUAAGAGGGUCGAUAUUAAAUAUGGCCCAUUUCAGGAAAGAAUACAAUUCGGGUCUUGAUUGGAUCAGAGAUAGCAAAUCUUGAUUUUCAACAACAUAACUUGCCUGUGCAUUGUAUUGAACUCUUGCUAGCUCGCCCUGUGAAAAGGGACAAUUGUAGCCUUUGACAGUUGCAUGUAGCCUAGCGUGUACAGCUCAAAGCCAAAAAAUACGAUGGCGGGUCCUCUCUUGGAGUAUGAGACAGAGAUGUUUUUGAGCCUCUUCACCACGGACGGAUUAUUGGUGACAGCAGAGGGACUAGGCAUCGACCGAAUUCUCCUACAGUUCUUGAGAGUGUAUUCCGAGGAGGGAAGUCUGGUCCUCCUCCUCAACACAACUGAACCUGAACAGGAAUACUUCACGGAACAACUCCGCGCUGAGGGGGUGAGCCACCUUCCGAGAACCGUGACCAGCGAGGUACAGGGCAGCGAACGCUAUGAUGUUUACACGCAGGGUGGGGUUCUCUUCGUCACCAGCCGUAUCUUGGUCGUGGAUUUCCUCACAGAGAGAAUACCUGCCCACCUUAUCUCAGGGAUCUUGGUUUAUCGGGCCCACAAGAUCAUUGAAUCAUGUCAGGAGGCCUUUAUCCUGCGGCUGUUCAGGCAGAAGAAUAAGACUGGUUUCAUCAAGGCUUUCACAGACAAGGCCACGUCCUUCUCCUCGGGCUUCUGUCAGGUGGAACGUGUCAUGAGGAACCUCUUUGUCAAGAAGCUCUUCCUGUGGCCCAGAUUCCAGGCAUCUGUGAAGUGCGUGCUGGACCGCCACAAGCCAGAUGUGGUGGAGCUCCAUGUGGCGCAGACGCUGGCCAUGCGGGCCAUCCAGAGCUCUGUGCUGGACAUUUUGAACGCCUGCCUGAAGGAGCUGAAACGCUACAACCCCAGCUUGGAGGCCGAAGACCUCUCCCUGGAGAACUCGCUUGGCACUGCGUUUGAGAAGACUGUUCGUCAUUAUCUGGAUCCCUUAUGGCACCAGCUGGGAGCCAAGACCAAGUCUCUGGUGCAUGAUCUGAAAAUCCUGAGAACCCUCCUCCUCUACCUUACCCAGUACGACUGUGUGACCUUCCUCAACCUGCUGGAGUCCCUUCGUUCGAGCCAGAAGAACUUUGGAAGCAACUCAGGAUGGCUCUUUUUGGACUCCAGCAACUCCAUGUUUGUGAACGCUCGUCACCGUGUCUACAGCAUCCCCGAGGCCAAGAAGAGGCAGAAGGUGGGGGAGGAGAAGGAGCAGAAGAAGCCCACUCCCGUGGAAGUUAAAAGAGUUCUGGUGCUGGAGAGGAACCCUAAGUGGGAGGCUCUGUCAGAGGUGAUGCGGGAGAUUGAGAAGGAGAACAGCAGCCGGGAGGAUACUCCAGGUCGGGUUCUAAUAUGUGCUAGCGAUGACCGCACCUGUGCUCAGCUGAGGGAGUACGUUCAGCGUGGGGCCGAGGCCCUGCUGACCCGUCUGUACCACCGCACCAUCGGGAAAGGGGAGGCCUUCACCGUCUCCACCUCGGAGCUGGCCAAACAAACCAAACGACCGGGCAACAAGGAGGGCCCCAGCAAGAACUCGAAGGGCAAACGGCCCAAAGCCAAGCAGGGAAAAGCCGGCGCCAAGAGCCCCCGACCCUCUCUCACCCUCACCCAGAUGAUGGGGAGGGAGGGAGAGGAGGAUGCCAUGCGCAGCGGAGGAGAGGAAGAACGAGGCAAAUCGGUGGAGGGGGAGGAAGAGGAGCUGGAGGAAGAGGAGCUGGAUUUGAAUCUGUCCUCGGACUCCUACUACGGCAUUCUCAAAGAGCCGCUGACAGUCAUUCACCCGCUGCGGGGGUGCAGUGACCCCUACGGUCUGACACGGGUCCUGCACGAGGUGGAGCCCACCUAUGUGGUGCUGUACGACGCCGAGCUCAGCUUUGUGCGUCAGCUGGAGAUUUAUAAAGCCAGCCGGCCAGGAAAGCCUCUGCGGGUUUACUUCCUUAUCUACACUGGCUCCACUGAGGAGCAGAGAUACCUGACAGCCCUGCACAAAGAGAAGCAAGCAUUUGAGCACCUCAUCAGGGAGAAAGCUACCAUGGUAGUACCCGAGGAGAGAGAGGGGAGAGGGGACACCAAUUCUGAUCUGGUGAGAAGUCAGGAGCCGGCCAACGCCACGACCAACACGCGCAAAGCAGGGGGUCAGGAAGUGAAGGAGCCCACCCGCGUGAUCGUGGACAUGCGCGAGUUCCGCAGCGAGCUGCCGUCCCUGCUGCACCGGCGCGGGCUGGACAUCGAGCCGGUCACACUGGAGGUGGGCGACUACAUCCUGACGCCGGAGCUGUGCGUGGAGCGCAAGAGCGUGAGCGACCUGAUCGGCUCACUGCAGAGCGGGCGCCUCUACUCGCAGUGCCUGUCCAUGACGCGCUACUACCGCCGGCCCGUGCUGCUCAUCGAGUUCGACCCUGCCAAGCCCUUCUCGCUGGUGGGGCGUGGUGACCUGCGGGCCGAGAUCUCGGCCUCGGACAUUACCUCGCGCCUCACACUCCUCACGCUGCAUUUCCCGCGCCUGCGCCUCCUCUGGUGCCCCUCGCCCCACGCCACCGCCGAGCUCUUCCACGAGCUGAAGCGCGGCCGGCAGGAGCCGGACGCCGCCGCCGCACAAGCCGUCACCGCCGAGUCGGACACUGUCGCCGAGUCGGCUGACCUAUACAACCCCGGGCCGUACGACAUGCUGCUGCGAAUGCCCGGCGUCAGCACCAAGAACUGCCGGGCACUUAUCAAGCACGUGAACAGCCUGGCAGAGUUGGUCACUCUCAGUCAGGAGAGGCUGGCAGAGAUCCUGGCCAGUGCCAACAAUGCCAGGCAGUUGUACGAAUUCCUGCACUUCACUUCAGAGGUCAGUGUAGGGCAGAAAGGGAAACGGUCUUAAACAGAACUAUUGAGACCCUCAGAGAGGAUGCUGCCAUGAAGUGUUGAGGUUGCAGGUUGAGGGUAAUUUAGAAUCUGGCGGUAUUUUAUUACAGAAUGAUUUGGAAAUUCAAAGCCAUGUGGAAUGUGGAAUUAAUGCCUUAAUGUCUUCAGGCUCUCUAAGGACUUUAACUUAAAAGUUUUUCUAUGUAAGAUGGCAAAAUGUUUCACACUGUGGUGUACAUGCACUCGUUUAAAAAUGUGUAGUAAUUUUGUAAUUUUGCUAAAUUAUUUUGUGAAAGUGCAGGACAAAAUGAAAUAUGAAAGUGUUUUUUUUUAUAUUUUAUUGUAGAAUAAAAUGUGGAAGCAGUAUGAAAAGCA